AUGCAACGCAAGCGAGGCAGCUCUAAGAAGUACACCGCGAAGGGAAGGUCGCGCUACGUCGCCACCGAGGAGGAGAUCAUCGCAAGAAAUGCUGAAGUUGCGGGGAGUGGGUCGAGUGAGGAGCUGACCGACGAGGAAGCUGAGGAAUCGCAGCCUCAGGUGCUGAGACCACCCAGGCGUGACGAGCCCGAGAAUGACGACGAUGACUCCUCGGAGGAGGAUUCGAGUGAUGAUAGCAGUUCCAGCGAGUUUGAGAUAUGCAACCCCAACCGGAGUGCGCGUCCCAUUGAGAAGACCGGCGUCGUGGAACUAAGCCGGCGUGAACGCGAGGAGUUGCAGCGGCAGAAUUUCGAGAGGCAGAAGAUGACGCUUAUGGCGCAGGGCAAACUGAAGUCAGCUCAGGCCGACCUCGCAAGAUUGGCUGAGAUUCGCAAGCAGCGGGAGGCGGCAAUGGCUCGAAAAAUGGAGCAGAUGUCGUUGAAAGGAAAGGAUUAG